AUGGAGGGCUAUACACACACAGGUCCUAUUGACUGCGACAAACCUAUCAACAGCGACACAGUUAGAGGGAAAACCGCUAUCAUCACAGGAGGGGCAAAGGGUCUUGGAGAAGCAUACGUUCGCACUCUGUCUGCCGCAGGAGUUUAUGUCUGUAUCGCCGAUCCGGAUAUCGAGAAUGGGCAGAGGUUGGAAGCACAAUUGCCAAGGACCAAAUACGUCCCCUGUGAUGUUACCAAUUGGGAUGACCAGCUGCGACUUUUCCGGGAGGCAGCGUCGUUUUCUCCGAGUGGGAGAAUCUCGUUCGUGGUAGCCAAUGCGGGCAUCCAUCGUCCAGACGAGGUGUAUAAAUACGCGGGCGACGAGCAAGAGCCCAAAGAACCCAAUCUGGAUAUCAUCGACGUGAAUCUGAAAGGGGUACUGUUCACCGCGAAACUGGCCGCGCAUUAUUUCAUCAAGCAGAAUGGGCAGCAGCCGUCCCCCCAACAGGAGGAUACCUGUCUGGUGCUGAUCGGGUCUGGCGCGGCCUUUCUCGACUGUCCUCGCGGUCUACAGUAUGCAGCAACCAAAUGGGCGAUGCGUGGGAUCAUGCACUCGCUGCGCAGGACUGUAUUUUACUACGGCAGUCGAGUUAACGUCAUCUCACCAUGGUACGUAAAAACAAACAUCCUAUCUGAUGAGGCCUUUAAGCACGUUCAGGAGGUCGGGGUGGAGUUUGCAGAGGCCGAGGAUGCUGGACAAUGUCUGCUGCGCAUCCUGAGCGACCAAACCAUCAACGGUCACUCGCUCUUCGUCUGUGCGCGGAAGUGGGCUCCCAAUGGAUACAUGGAUCUGGACUUGGACGAUUACCCUGGCAGUACACUUCUUCAAGAGAUCCAGGACGACCAGAUAAAACCAGCGCCUGUUUCACUGGGCUUAUUUGCUUGA